AUGACUUUGAUUGUUCGUUUUUUUAAAUAGACUAUGUUAUAAGUUAUGAAAUUACCUGAAUAUAAAUUACAAUUCUAAAUAACAAAAGAAUAUAUUGAUUACUUGAAUCCCAUAAUAAAUAGAUAUGGGGCGGAAAACUACUCAACAAUUAAAGGUAGUGAAUCAUUUCUGAUUUAGCACAGAUGUAUGAGUGUGACAAUUUAAAAUUGGAAAUGUAAAUAUUGUAAAAAAGAGCAUAAUAUAAGGUUGAAAAGAAAAUGAAGAACAACAUAGGCAAGUGUGAUGACAUUCUUAAAAGUUUGAAAUUGAUAUGCUUAAUCUCAAAGAUUAUUUGA